UUUUUUUUUUUUUUUUUUUUUUUUUUUUUNUUUUUUUUUUUUUUUUUUUUUUUUUUUUUGUCUAUAAUUAAGGAGUUUGAUGUAAGUGGGUUUCUUUUGAAAAUAAAUAUGGAUUCAACCAACUGAAAAGUUUGACGGAUCAUGGAAAAAAGAUUUUUCAAGUGUUUGCAAAACAAGGAAUGGGAAACGUAAGAUCUGACAUUUCGGUAAAGUUCAUUAUGUGUGUUGUACAUUGAAAUAAUCUUCAACAAAGUCGAUGCCGGUUGGAGUGUAAUACUUACACUUUUGUAGUAGUACGAAAUUUGUGAUAUAGAUGCCUUCCUAUCUGUUUGUUUUGUUGGUAAAAAUAAUUCGCUUCACUACGAUCGUCAUACAGGGGGUGAGUAUCCCUGUACUUUGGAGGAAUGAAGAAACAAAACGUGCGAACUUUGUCCUUGAUCGUAUGCACGUUUACAUAUCUUCUUGUUGGAGCUGCUAUAUUUGAUGCUUUUGAAUCAGAUAAUGAGCAUAAACAAAGGGAAGCGUUGCAAUAUGUGGAAAACCUCCUAAUUACAAAAUAUAAUGUAUCCCAAGAAGAUUAUAGAAUUUGGACUACUAUAGUUAUUAAGAGUGUUCCUCAUAAAUCCGGCAUUCAGUGGAAGUUUGCCGGAUCUUUUUAUUUUGCUACAACAGUUCUCACGACCAUAGGUUAUGGUCAUUCUACUCCUGCAACCUGGGGAGGCAAAACCUUUUGCAUGUUUUACGCUCUUGCCGGCAUCCCUUUAGGAUUGGUCAUGUUCCAAAGUAUUGGUGAAAGAUUAAACACAUUUGUGGCUUACCUUCUUAAACACGGUAAACGUUGUUUAAAAAUGAAAAAUACUGAGGUAUCAGAGACCAAUUUAAUUUGUUUCGUUUCUAUUCUUUCAACAGUCGUUAUGACUACUGGUGCAGCAGCAUUCUCUAAAUAUGAGCGCUGGGAUUAUUUUGAUGCCUUUUAUUAUUGUUUUAUAACAUUAACCACCAUAGGGUUCGGGGAUUAUGUUGCAUUACAAAAAGAGAGCGCCUUGCAAAGCAAACCUGAAUAUGUGGCCUUUAGUCUAGUGUUUAUUCUUUUUGGACUAUCGGUUGUUUCAGCUGCCAUGAACUUACUUGUUUUACGUUUUAUGACGAUGAACACUGAAGACGAACGGAGAGACGAAGCAGAAGCUCAGUCUGCUGCGCAAGAAGCUGUUCGACUCGAAGGUGACGUCAUAACAGCCAAUGGAUCUAUUAUAUCGGGACAUGAUCCAAAUAUGUCAUCCGAUGUGGAUGAAAUAGCUUCAGUGUGUUCUUGUACAUGUUACGGGCACAAACGGACGCAAAGGAACUUUCGUAGUACCAAUAAAAUCCAUUUGUUACCAAUCAGUACUAUUAGUGAUGAAACGCGUGCAAUUACUGAACAACCACAAGAAGAAAGCCUAUUUCAUCCUGCAUUAUAUUUUCCUUACGAUGACAUAAGAAAUAAGCGUGCCUCAAUAUGAUUUUAUGCUUCAGCUCAGAAUGUUCACCCUCCAAUCCUCUUUAAUGGAAGAGCUAACUAUAAGAAGACCAAACUUUUAGAUAUUUUAAUGUUUACAAUGUAGGGUCCACUGUUUGGAACUAUUUUUCUAUUUCAUUAUCAGUUACUAUGCACUUUUGAAAAGGUACAAAUUCUCUUUUCAAAGAGAAUAUCGUCCAGAGAAUCUUUUCUUUCGAUAUCCAAAGCUGUUGGAUAACAUGUGCUUCCCACCGUAUAUUGCGGAAAAUAUAUCGCCUCCACUCACACACAAUGCACUUUUGUACAAAUUUGCUUUCUCGGCAGAAUGUUUUCAAAAAAGCUUUAAAGGGCACUCACAGUGUAAAAUCAUAUUUUGGAAACGUUAUUUAUUUAUUUAUAAAAUACAGUAAACCAUCAGCGACGUGCAAAGGGAUGUCGGAGCAAAAUCCUCGAUUAGAUUCCUCCAAAAAGAGAAGUAAAUAAUGUAAUCUCUACACGAAGCAAAAAGUUUAAUUAAAUAAAAUGGUAAGGACAGUAGGACGACUUCUAUGAUAAAAAUUUAACACUAAACAUACCAU